AUGAGUAGAAGGGUAGCCAAGGUCUUGCAAAACUUACCUGGUAAGCCUGGUACUACGUUAGGCCCCAUGUUGCUCCCACCAGAGGACCGAGGGGCUCCUACCUAUGCACUUGUGGGCAUCGCCCUGCCUGGAACCGCCCACCUCGAAGCCCUCAAGGAGAUAGUUGGUGGGCAAAAUGGGUACACGGAGUUGGGCAGCCACAGCUCGCCCGCGAAGACCUUGGAUCGGAGACCAGGGUCGUGUGUCUUUUCACCAGGCACAGAUUAUUACAAGGUUGGUGACCACUUCCCCCCUGGUUCCGCGUCCCUGGUUCCCGAGUACAAGGUCCCGGCUAGUGGCUUCCGCCCACGCAAUGCACAGUCCCACUUGAUGCAUCUGCCAUAUCCACCGACCCACUCGACAAACCCUCCGUUCCUGACCAUUAUCGAUCCCAUCAAAUCUCCUCGCCUGCUCCUUCACGAUCCACCGAUGCUGCGCUCUCCUCAGUCUCGCUCCCCUGUUGUCACUGCUGCAGAUAUGGGGAUUCCUUCUGCGCCCGCUGUCUCAAGACGCGUUGAUCCCGAAGCAUAA